UUUCUGAUGAUAUGUGGACAGAUCAAGAGGAAGAUCUAGAAGAAACGGUGACUGGCGAUCGUCUACUGACGAAACGACUUGAAAAAGUCGAGGAAGUCGUGAUAAGUCUUGUGACAGGGCUGAACAGCUUGAAAGAGGAAGUUUCAAAGUUGAAUUCAAAAUUAAGAACUUAUGAAUAUGAAGGCGACAGUGAUCAUGACAACUCCGAAGACACAAAUGGCCACAGCAUGACAACUCUAAAAGCCACAACUAAAGAAGCCCAGAAACCUUCAAUUGCUGUCAGAGACCUGGCAGUCAAGCUUUUUAGUAAGGAAGAAUUGACAAAAUGCAGCGUUUGAGGCAGAAAACCCCACAAGAAUCUUGACGCCAGGCCCUCUCUUCCUGCAAAGAAGCUACUAACUCUACACUCGCUGGUCCAAAAGCAUUUCCCUGGUUGUAAAACCAGCGAGAUUAAUCAGUUUCUGGCCGACAAUUCAUUUUGUCGCCAGAAAAGUGAACAGUGAAAACACUUGGCAUAUAGUGAUUGUCAAUUAUUCUAGACUAUCUGUGCAUGUUUGUUUAUAUGUAGAACAAUUGUUUUUAUUGAACAUAAACAUACAACAAA